GAACAUGCUUAACUUCAGUAAGAGGAUAAACCCCAACAACUGUUCUAUCAUUUCAUAUUAACAUUUUGUGUUUUCUGCUUCACAAAUUACUUUUACUUUACUGUUUAGCUCUUAUCUUUCAUGUUUCUCUGAGCUUGAGUUCCAAUGGCUGCUUUCUCUGCAACUUCUGUUACCUUAGCAUCUUCACUCAAGCUCUUCCAGAGGAAUAAUGUGAUAACCGAAAGGACUUCAAAUCUGAAGAUGGUUACAGUAGGAUGGAGAAAGAACAGCUUCCCUUCUUUGAAGACAAAUAGCUUCCGUGUCUCCUGCGCUGCCAAGCCCGAGACGGUGCAGAAAGUCUGUGAUAUAGUGAAGAAACAGCUUGCAUUGCCUAGUGAGACACAGCUCACCCCAGAAUCCAAGUUCGUGGACCUCGGUGCUGAUUCCCUGGACACGGUGGAAAUAGUAAUGAGUUUGGAGGAAGAAUUUGACAUUAGUGUAGAGGAGGAAAGUUCCCAAAACAUCACAACUGUCCAAGAGGCAGCUGAUUUGAUACAGAAGCUUGUGGAAAAGAAGGCAGCUUAAAGAAAGAAAGACAUAAGAUCCAACUGACAAGAGGGUACACGUAGUGAACUGCUGUUAGUUCAUUUUGCUUUCUUCUGUAAUUGUUGAAAUCCAUAACUCCCAUUUUGGUUAGAACAGAAAUGAUGGAUUUGUGUUAGCUUAAACAUUCUUUUGUGAUUCUGAAUAUGCCAAGUUUGUUUCGAAUGACAGUCAUCAAUGGCAAAUUAGUGCUUUGGUUUA